CAAAUUAACAAAUAUCGAUAUAUUCAACGAGAAAACAACAACAAUCGUUUGCGAUCAGCUGUGCGCGUUUGGAAAUAGUUACAUAAAUUCGGCAGUUAAAGAUGUCGAUUCUACGCUCUAAGUACUACGACCACCCUGAUGGGGAAGAUGCUUUUGGCAAAAUUGUUGCCACAAACAAAUACGCACUCACCGCCGGCUUGGCGUGGUCCACAUUGGAUGUGCUAACGCUGAGCAAGCCACAAGGCUAUCUGCCAACAAUUGGACGCUUCGCGUACAAUACAGGCCCGCUGAUGGGCAUGGCUACAGCAUUUACGCUAACCACGCUCGCUGCCACAAAUGCACGCGGCAAAGACGACAAAAUCAACUAUCUGAUUGGUGGCUUUGCUGCUGGUGGUGUCUUUGGCGCCUGGAAGCGCAAUCAUGUGGCGGGACUGUGUGCCGGUCUCUUCCUAGGCAUCGCUGGCGUCCUUAAGAAGAUGUCCAUUGAGCAAGGCUGGGAAUUCUUUCCAAAGCCACUCAAGCAUCAAUACGGUGGCGUGAACAUAGCUUCGAACGACUACACCAUUACGGCUGAACGUCCCAGAAACUGGACAACAGAAGAGAAAAAAGAGCAGGCAUAAGGAACUCUGACGUCUUUCUAGUUAAUAUAUUAAUGUACAGCAGCUCAAACUGGACAACUGUGUGUGGCAACCAAAUUCAGUUGAUGCAAAUAAAUGUCAAGUGAGCCGUGAUAAACUUUA